AUGAUACAACCUCCAAUCCAAUUGGAAAAUAAGAAAGAGAGGAGUAUUAUGCUUUCUGAGCUCGAGACUAUAGGUGCAACUCUAACAGGGCCUUGGAUAGUCCUACGAGAUUUCAACUGCAUAGCCAAUCUAAAGAAGAGGAUAGGUCAAAAAUCAUGCCUCAAUGAAAUAGAGCCUCUUCGACAAUGCAUGGGGAAUUGUGAGAUUUAUGACUUGAAAAGUACCAGGAGAUUUUUUACAUGGUCUAACAAGAAAAGAGGGGAAGCUAGGGUGCUAAGCAAGAUUGACAGAGUGAUGGGAAACCCAGUAUGGGAGAGCUUAUUUCCCACAACUGAGGUCUACUUUCUUUCGGAAGGAUACUUCCACCACACAUCAAUGCUGGUUCAAUUCCUAGAGCCCCCUAAACGUAAAAAACCUUGUAAGUUCCUCAAUCACUGGGGAAAACACAGAGAUUUCAUUGAAACCAUCCGAGAAGCAUGGCGCACCCGCCCGUGUGGGAACUCAAAUCACCUCGAUCAUAAUCUCAAGUUGGUUAAGGAGGCAUGUAAAUUACGGUUCAAGAAUACAGAACAGUGGACUUGGCUAAAGCUGAAGAUGAGCUUAACAAAGCCCAACAGGAGCUCCACCUACACCCUGGGGACAAAUAUCUAG